UAUUACAAAUUUUAAAAACCAUUUCGUCUACAUGUCCAAGGCAAUUCUAAGACUCAUCAAACCCUUAAACCGCCCCAAACAAAGAAUCAAGCCAGCCCUCAAUACUCCCAUCACACCUCAAGUCAAGGAUUUGGCCAAUGAAGUUUGUGAAAUUCUCCGAAGUGAAGACGAAAAGUGGGAAGAGUCCCUUCAAAAUCGUUUCUUUGGAGAGGAUAUUGCUCCAUCUGAAGUUGCCCACCUAGUGUUCGACAAAAUUCGCAACUGCGAAUUGGGUCUCAAAUUCUACGGUUUCAUCUCCCAUAGCAGUUUCCACCUCGAUGGGUUCGCUUACUCCUCACUUUUGAAGCUCUUGGCUCGUUCCAGAGUCUUGGAAGAAAUCGACAGCGUAUUGUUGGAGUGUUUGCAUUGUGAAGAGAAGCGGCCUACUCACGAGGCGUUAGGGUUUGUAAUCCGCGCGUAUGCGGAAUCGGGGUCUGUUUCUAAAGCUCUCGAUUUGUAUUCUUAUCUUCUUAGGAACUACAACACAUUGCCCCAGUUACCGGCAUGCAAUUCUUUGCUUAACGGGCUUGUCGAUGAAGGAAAGUUGGAUGCUGCGUGGCGUGUGUAUGAAGAGAUGGUGAGGAGAGAUGAAGCCGGUGAGACUAGUUGUUUGGACAAUUAUAGUGUUUCUAUAAUGGUGAAGGGAUUGUGUAGAGAAGGAAAGGUUGAGAAAGGUAGAAAGUUGAUUGAGAAGAGGUGGGGAAGGAACUGCAUUCCAAAUAUUGUGUUCUAUAAUAUUCUCAUUGAUGGAUUUUGCAAGAGAGGUAGUCUCGAGAGGGCUCAUGAGCUUUUCGAAGAGUUGAAAGUGAAGGGUUUCUUUCCAAACCAUGAGACUUAUGGGGCUAUGAUUGAUGGGUUUUGCAAAAGAGGGGAAUUUGAUAAGGUUGAUGAAAUGUUAAAGGAAAUGGAGUCGAGUGGUAUUGAGGUGAAUACCAUAAUCUAUAACAAUGUUGUUGAUGGUAGAUGUAAAUACAGCUUUGUCAGGGAAGCUUUUGAGACAACAAGAAAGAUGAUGGAAGUAGGGUGCCGGUUGGACAUUGUGACAUAUAAUUCUUUGAUUUCUAGUGCUUGUAAAGAUGGGAAUGUGCAGGAGGCAGAAAAGCUUUUGGAGGAGGUAAUCAAUCGUGGAUUGGUUCCGAAUAAGCUAAGCUUUACCCCUCUUAUACAUGCCUACUGCAGGGAGCGAAAUUUUGAGAGAGCGUCAUUUCUUCUCGUUGAGAUGACACGAAGUGGACAUAAGCCUGACAUGAUAACGUAUGGAGGUCUUGUUCAUGGGUUAGUUGUUGCUGGAGAAGUUGAGGCUGCUUUGACCAUCCGAAACAACAUGGUGGAAAGGGGAGUUUCUCCCGAUGCAUGCAUUUACAAUGUGUUAAUUAACGGACUUUGCAAACAGAGUAGGUUUGCUGAUGCGCAGCAGCUUCUCCAAGAGAUGCUUGGGCGUAAUGUGUCUCCUGAUUCAUAUGUUUAUGCCACUUUAGUUGAUGGAUAUGUAAGAAGUGGCAACUUUGAUGAUGCCGAAAACCUUUUUGAACUCAUAACAAAAACAGGUGUGAAUCCUGGGCUUGUAGGGUAUAAUGCUAUGAUUAAGGGCUACUGUAAGCUUGGGAAGAUAAAAAAUGCUAUUCUUUGCAUUAAUAAGAUGACUAGAAGAAACAUCACUCCAGAUGAAUUUACAUAUUCUACAAUCAUUGAUGGGUUAGUAAAGCAGAAUGAUUUGCUUGGUGCAUUGGCUGUGUUUGGCCUCGUCAUCAAACAGAAGUACAUACCAAAUGUUGUGAUGUAUACCUCAAUCAUCAGUGGCUUUUGUUGUUGUAGAAAUGUUUCGGGUGCAGAAAGAAUUCUCAGAGGAAUGCAAUCAAAUGGUGUGCCUCCCAAUGUGGUGACUUAUUCUGUAGUGAUAGGUAGCUGUUGCAAAGAGGGAAAACUUGCACAAGCCUCUUCCUUUUUCGAAGAAAUGAUGAUGAGCAAGUGUAAUCCCAAUGAAGUUACAUUUCAUUAUUUGGUCAACGGGCUAUCAAACAAUGCUUCUUCUGUUAUUCAGGGGACACAAGAUGGUGGUUCUGGUCAGCAUAAGCAUAUGCUUCUUGAUAUCUUUGGGACGAUGGUAUCUGAUGGUUGGCAUCCCAUAUCUGCUGCGUACAGCUCAAUUGUUGUAUGUCUUUGUUUGAACAGGAUGCUUGGAACUGCAUUACAGCUGACUGAUAAGAUGUUGAAUAAAGGCUUCCAUCUAGACUCAGUUCUUGAAAUCUUGAUAACCAAUAGGAAACACUUCUUAGUCCGAACAUGUGAUAUCUCUUCCGAGAGUGCAUAGUUGUUAGGGAAUUUGAGGUGGAGCUCUUGUGAGAAACUUUACAUUCCAAGCUAUUUAUUUUGUGAUUUUGUUCUGUUCGGAUCACCUGAUUAUCAUAUUGGAAUGAAUGUAUGCAUCUCCUCAUUUGGUAGCUCAUGUGGUUAUCUCAGAAGCAACUGAGGCACCAACUACCAUGGAAUAAGCACCAGUAACAUAGGAACUGGCAGGUAGUAAGGUGGACAACCCGUUGUCCUGUUCAUUAAAUGAACAAUUUUGUGCCCUUAUGUAACAUGUCAUGGUCGGGCAAGGGAAACAUAGACUGCAUCAUAAGCAUUCUUAUCCUAGUUCAUACUUGAUUCUCCUGCAGUUUAUUGAUAGCAUACUUGGCUUCUACAAUAAGCUUCCUGUUGGCAUAUUCCUAUUUAUGCAGAAAUCUAACUGGUGUUUGGUAAUAAAAUUGCAGAAUGGAUCCACUUGCAGCGAAUAGGCUGAUUCUCUCACCAUACUUCCCUCAACAGACAAGAUAUAUCCAACGAGUGAGAAACUACUGUAUCCAUAUUUCUUGCUGAACCAAGCCAAGCCGAGCUCACCUAAAACAAGCCUUAUUCACCAGGAGAGGUUCAGUAUGGCGUCUUCUUCAAAUUAUUACGCUAAGUCCACUCUGAGAAUAACAAUGAGUUGAGGUUGCUUCUGUGGUUAGGUAUUUUCUUCAUAGAUAGGCAGUGUGGGGAGGGUGACGCUGUGGAUAUCAAAUGAAUAGACCAUGAGGUGUUACUCUUAGGAAUGGCGUUGGCCAGGCUUGGGCAGUGUGGAUCUUCUCAGCCUGGUAUAAAUCAUUGGAGGCUGGUCUCAAAGAUUUUAGUACAUUGUGACAGAUCUAGAUGGGAACAUAGCAGAUUUUUAAGCUUCAAGUGCAAUAUUGAGUUGUUCUUAGUCAUGUUUUUCUAUUUAAGUAUAGAACAUCUUGAAGAGUUUAUUCAUUUUUUUAUACUAGGACUAGGAUCUUGGAAUUUCAACAGAUUUCUCAGCUCUCUGGUUAUUAUUAUUGUACUA